AUGUGCCAAAGCGCAAUCAAUGGCCUGCUGCGCUUGCUAGGAGUUGUGCAGAGGGAAGAAUAUUUGGAUGAAAUCGAGGUUCCCGAAGUUUACAGACAACGCUACGCUCAGUAUCCUGAGUCGAAGCCGCUGCCUUCUCUUCUACAGCAAGUGCUGAAGGACACAACGCCAGCGAAGGAGAUUGAUCCAAAGCAGGCCUAUUACCGUCCUCAGAGGAGAUUCCCACUGCAUUUUCUUCAUGGAACUCUUCAGUCAUCUGGCUUGAGCCAAGCCAUCUACUACUUCCAGGCAGAUGACAAGGAUGUGAUUCAAAGAGUCUUUGUUCACUGGUCAUUGGAUACAACACUAGAAGGACCGCCAGGCUCUUGUCACGGUGGUUGUUCGGCAGCCUUGAUCGAUGAUGCGUUUGGAGCCUUUGCCAACACGUACACACGGAGUCUGGGGCGCAGCGGACGGGUGGCCACGGCGUCCCUGCAGGUGGACUACAAGGCAAAGACGCCCUUGCCUUCACAAUUGGUCUGCGUCGUCACGCUGGAUCGCGCUGAGGGACGCAAGGUCUUUUUGAAAGGCCAUACGCUUGUGGAGACAUCUUCGCCUUCGUUUCUGAAAACUUGUGAAGCAUCAGCUCUGUUCGUAGAGCUGAAGAAUCACAAACCCGUGCAGGAGCUCCGAUCACGCUCUGACGUGAAGUUUGAGUGUCGCGAAAUGCCUUCGGGUUCGGACACCGAGAUCAACAGGCUCUCUCUGCUUAUUGACCUCGGAGGGCUCGUGGCUUCCUUGGGUGCUCUCUGGUAUUUGUUCAGGAGCAAUGGCCAGACGUUCGCUGCCAAGCAUCUUGAGGAAAACCGCGACUUCAAUCGUCGGCCUGCGGUGACCUUUGAAGAUGUCGCAGGCAUGGAGACUACCAAAGAGGAGCUGCUUGCAGCUUACUUCCUCUCCAAGGGGGUCGUAGAGCUUGAGCACGUCCGCCUCGCGGCAUUCUUUUGGCAGGUCCAAGUGGCACUGGCAAAACGCCGGGAGACCAACUUGUUAAAGCUCAUGGCUCGUGCUGUGGCCGGUGAGGCCGGGGUUCCUUUCCUCUAUGCCAGCUCAGCAUCCUUCGUCGAGAUCUUUGUCGGCCAAGGAGCACAACGGAUCAGACAGUUUUUCGAGCAGGCUCGAGCAUGUGCGCCUUGCAUCGUCUUCUUGGAUGAGCUCGACGCUGUGGGCUCUUCGAGACAGAUGUCUGCCUCCGGCGGUGGUGGCAACCAGGAAUACGCCCAGACGCUGAACCAGUUGCUUCUCGAGCUAGAUGGUGUUGAGAGCAACGUGGCAGGCUGCAAGGUCUAUGGGCCUGUGUUUUCGCAAGUCUACUCUGCGGUCGACUACUUCAGUGGAUAUCCUGAGGAAGCUGUUGACCGCCAGUCGGCCUUCGUCGACAACCUGGGCAGGGCCUGGAUGGCUGCUGCUGAGUCACUGCCAGCCGCUGAAAGCAAUGCCAAGCACGACAGUCGGACAGACGAUCAUGCUCGCUCACGCGCGCGCACAAGCACAGGUACUCACUCGCGAGCACACCCACCCACGCGCACACAAACACACAGGCACACAAGCACGCAAACACACACACACAGAGCCAGACACACCCACCCACACAUACACCCACAAACACACAGAGCCAGACACACCCACCCACACACACACACACACACGCGCACGCACGCACGCACGCACCCACAGACGCACACACAAACGCGCGAACACACACGCACAUUCACAUACAAGCACACAAAGACAACACACACACACAACCAACCACACAAACACACAAACACACAGAUACACAAGCUCACGAACACUCAAACACCCAAACACACAACCACAAACACACAAUGA